AUGGUUAUAAAUUAUAAUUCGACAAUCAUGGAAAAUCUUCCCACUACUGCGAAGACACACAUUGUCCCUGCCGCCCAAGGCUACGUAUUUGAGGUUAUGAAAGGGGAGCGAUUCCGCAUUGUUGACAUACACGGUCUCCAAAUUGUUGAUUUUAUGGCUUGGGUUAACGAGCCAGGCCUAAAAGAGCAUGUUCGGAUGUCUUACACCAGGUUCCGACUGCAAGGUGUCAGUCCCGACAUUGGGGAGCAUCUCCGCACCAACCUCGACGCUCCUGCUCUGACUAUCAUUGCCGAUACCUGCAAAGUCCACGAUAUGACAUUCAUGCCCUGUUUCCCGGAGAUCUAUGCUGAAUGCGGUCUGGAAGGUCAUCGGUCCUGCGCAAUGAAUAUCACUGAGGCCAUGGAGCCAUAUGGUAUUACUUCACGGCUCGAGCUUCCUGACCCGUUCAACCUUUUCAUGAAUUCGCCCAAUUACACUUUGAAGCCUAUCAGCAACAGCAAGCCCGGAGACUAA